AUGACUGGUCAUAACUGCUGGGGAUAUGGGGAGAAAGACGGCCCUUCAGAGUGGCACAAGUCCUAUCCCAUUGCCCAAGGCAAUCACCAGUCCCCCAUUGAUAUUAUUCCCACGCAAGCUAUUUAUGACCCCUGCCUAAAGCCCCUUGGUUUUUCCUAUCAAUUGUGCUCAUCUCUUGACAUCACCAACAACGGAUAUUCGGUCACGGUGGGCUUCAAGGAUGUUGAUGAUAAAACAGUUGUCAGUGGGGGCCCACUGGAAGAUCCUUACAGGCUGAAACAACUCCAUUUUCACUGGGGCUCAAGCCAUAAUUCUGGAUCAGAGCAUACUAUUGCUGGCAAAUCGUUUCCUUGUGAACUCCAUUUAGUUCACUGGAAUGCCAAGAAAUAUAUGUCAUUCGGAGAGGCAGUGGCAGCCCCAGACGGCUUAGCAGUGGUUGGUAUUUUCUUAGAGAUUGGAGAAGAACAUGCUGGUAUGAACAGAUUAACAGAUGCCUUGUACAUGGUUAAAUUUAAGGGAACCAAAGCACAGUUCAAGUGCUUCAAACCAAGCAGCCUCCUGCCCCGUUGCCUAGAUUAUUGGACUUAUCCUGGGUCAUUGACAACACCUCCCCUCAAUGAAAGUGUGACAUGGAUUGUGUUGAAAGAAGCUAUCCAGAUUUCUGACAAGCAGAUGGAGAAGUUCCGAACUUUGCUGUUUACCACCGAGGAAGACGAAAGGAUCCAGAUGGUGAAUAAUUUCCGUCCACCUCAGCCUCUUAAGGGACGAGUUGUCCGUGCAUCAUUCAAAACUUAAGGAAAAGUGGUGGGCAGGGAAGAGCGGAGAGCCUGAAAAGUGAACCUCAGAAUAUCCAGAUAACUGCAGAUACUCUCACAGCUGCAAAUACAAAGCUGGUGUAUGAAGAAUUUAGAAAGUGGAGGAAAGACGUGAGGGACAUCCGAAGCAUUUAGGCUUCUUCAAGUGACAUCCUAAGAACUUCAGGUUUCAUCUGCAUGUUCAUGUGCUCCAAUCGCUCCUAUAUAUAAUGGGAUGAUCCUUAUUUUUUGGCCACGUCCCUUAGGAAACAUUAUUUCUUAUUUUGCCCUUAAGAGAAAUGUUGGGUGUGACAUGUUUAAGCCACCUUAUGAAUAUGUUUGAAGAGUGAGGUGCAAACCUUUAAAUAAAAUAAAGAAAUAUUGAUGAAGUAUCAUUAAGAUGAGAAAAGGGACUUAGGUUAGCUGGAGCUGGGCAGGUUUUGAUCCCUCAAGGUUUAAGAAUAUGAUGUGGAAAUGUGCUGGCGUAAGUUAAAUGCUCAGAAAGCAUGUGGCACCUGCAAAGUAGUGUCUGGUAGUAGCAACAUGAUUCUAGUUCCUGUACAGUUUCUUAUAGCAGUAUGUUUAGCCUGAUAUAAACAUGAAACCCUGGAAGGGAGGAGGAUAAAUAUUGGUCUUGAAACAAAUCUGUGUGAGUUAAAACACAUAAAAUUACAUGGUUUCCCUGGUCUUUAGCAUAUUUAUUUAGCAAUAAAUAAGGGUUUAUCCACACCACAAUUACUGUAUAGCACUAUGAUUUAAUGGU